AUGGACCAGCAAGACACCUUCGAUAUCACUAUCGUUCCACCCGAUAACUCCUCGUCGGUGCCAAUCUACUUCGGGACUGGUCACCGGGUUUCCCCCAACGGAUAUUAUUCUCCUGCUGGAUCCUCUGCAGGAUCAUCCACACCGGGGACUCCGUAUAAACCCCUGCUGGAUUUGAACGCCGUCAACGUUAAUCUUCAGGCCGGGGUGAACAACCCAAACUUCUUUGAACUACAUCAGCACCAUGGUUUCUACUCCGAAGGUGCAAGCCCCCUCUCACACAGUGGUCUAUCUCCCGUCACCCAGUCUUUUGGGGGACUGUCACUUUCAGAUGGAAACCCCUCAUCCGUCGAUCACGGAGCUCGUGCCUCCUCGGUUAGCUACGAAGACUCCUCUCAGAUUUUCAGCGAGAUGCCCCGCGGGCCCAUAAUACACCCUCCGUUCGAAUCACCCUGCCCGUCUCCAGGACGCCAGAGCUUGUCUCCUCUCAUCAUACCGCAACAACUUCAAGCUAGCCAGAAUGCCUCGUAUGUUGCUGGUGACCCAGACGAUGAAUUCCUUCGUUCCAUCUUCAUAUUUGGUGAUGAAAGGUCCCCUUCGUCAAUCGACUUGCGAACUCCUCCGUCUGCCAGUCAUUCUGAGCCGUCAUCUUUGUAUACCUCAUGGGGCUCUCCUUCACCGUCGUCAACCACGGAUUUGCCCCAUCCUUUUGUAUUUGACACCGCGGAACAUGGGGCGCACAGUGUACCUUCCAUAGAUGGGAGGUUGUCCCAGCGUCGCAAUACUCACUCUGGCGGAAAGAGUGGCUUUAUGGACGUGCCCGGUUCUGAUCGCGGCCGCCAGGACGAACGAGCUCCUCCCAGUCCGUCCAGUUCCAGAAGAUCCAGCCCCUAUCCCUCACACCACCACCACACUCCUGGACUGUCUUCAAGUUCAUUAUCGCCUCACUCUGCAAUUGACUCGUCACAUUUGAGUGUGCCAGACCGGGAAUUUUUUUGUGGUAUUCCUUCGCCGGGGGAUGCAGUCAGGCGCCGCCACAGCUUCACACACACUGGGAGGCCGGCGGAGACGCCAUUUUUGCAUGCUAACGAACCAAAUCUUUCAUUGUCUUCCACGUCUGCUGAGCGACCUAUGAGAAAGGUCGCAUCUCAGGCAGGCAUAAAAGCAAGUGAGGCAAGGAGGACGAAAGAAGCGAGGUUUGCUUGCGUUUUGUGCAACCAGACGUUUACUACUAAUCACAACCUGAAGAAUCAUGUAAACGUUCACCUUGGCUUAAAGGAUCACUCUUGUCCACGAUGCCGCCGAGAAUUUACUACUCAAAGCGUUAUGCAGAGGCAUCUCAAGACCUGCAAAGCUCCCGAAUUUUGAAGUUCGCUUCAGAACGUCACUCCAAACUUGAUUACGCUUCAUCUUGAAUUUGCAUGCCAGAACCCCUAACUUAGAUUAACUUGAUUUCAUACGGUUAUAUAUCCUCAUCAAACAUACCCAACGACAUGGCUUUGUUCUCUUGUUUCCUAUCAUAUACCCCUGCUGGCCUUGACGCCUCUCGCUGUAUUUUCCUGCUCCUGAUGUAUCGAUAGAGAUUUUGU